UUAAGUGAUGGAAAGUACAUUUUGUUGCUAUCGCCGGUUAUAUUUUAUAUAAUGUGGGAUAUUCUGCCAGCAUAAUCAUCAAUUGCUAAGCUUUAAUCAGUGGCUUGGUUGCUCGCUAGCUCAGCAUAAUCAGUGUAAUCUCCAGUUAGCACCAUAGCUAGCUGUUUAUCUAAGGUCUGGCUCUGUGUUCCUGUCCUGAAAACAUUGUCAGUUCACUCGCAAGUAAUCACGAAUGGUGAAGCCUUUGUGGUGUCGCUUCGCUAGCCUUGUCAUCCCAGCUACCAAGUUAACCACUAUUCCUAUUGUCUUCCGAAAUACCAAGCCGGUCGUUAGCACUGUCAGAACUUGUAUACCCACAUUGUCGGUCUUUGCAGCCAAUACAGCUGUCAUGUUUCAAAUGAACCGCGGGAAUUUGUUUGCAAGAUAAAUAUAACGUCAGUGCGUUGCUUUUUCAAAAAGGUUUAUCAAACCUGCUAACUAGAUAGCCAGUUGUCCUAACUUUAAUUGGAUAUGCAAGCUAACUUUCGGGCUAUCUGUUGUUGGAAAACUGUGCAGCUAACGUUACCUAUCAACGGGGAUUUUUAUUUCAUCUUGCGGACAUCAUAUAAUUGUCAGCACCAACAAGAAACUCUUAAGAAAUGGAGGCUGCUGGAUGCAUGGUGACGCAGGUGCAAUCCUUCAAUGCUGAACAACAGGCACACAAUCCUGCAGGUGGACACAGUUGGGAAGUAACUGACAUGACCCGACUGCGUCGUUUUUUGUGCUUCGGAUCAGAAGCAGGUACAUACAGCAUGAAGGACCACCAGCUUGGCAUGGAGAACGCAACAGUGCUGAUGCGACUAAUAGAGGAGGGCAGAGGCUGCGAAGUGGUUCAGGAAAUAAAGAAAUUCAGCCUUGACUGCAGAGCAUCAAAGACAAACCCUGCUCUUUUUGCUCUUGCUGUUUGCUCUCAGCACUGUGAUGUUAAAACCAAGCAGGCCGCCUUCAAGGCCUUGAAGGACAUCUGUCGCCUUCCAACGCACCUGUUCACCUUCGUCCAGUUCAAGAAAGAUCUGAAGGAAGGCAUGAAAUGCGGCAUAUGGGGGCGAGCAUUGCGGAAAGCGGUUGCGGACUGGUAUAAUGAAAAAGACGCAAUGAGUCUGGCACUGGCUGUUACAAAGUAUAAGCAAAGGGCAGGUUGGUCGCACCAGGACCUACUGAGACUGUCUCACAUGAAGCCUGCAAAUGAAGCUAUUGCGGUGAUCAGUAAGUAUGUAACAAAAGGAUGGAAGGAGGUGCAGAAAUCAUAUGGCGAUAAGGAGAACACUGAGGAAACCACCAAAGUUAUCCAAUACUUGGAGGCAGUGGAGAAAGCUAAACACUCUGAGGAUGAGUUGGAAAUUGUCCAUCUUAUAGAGGAGCACAGGCUGGAAAGAGAACAGUUACUGACCAACCACCUGAAAUCCAAAGAGGUCUGGAAGGCGUUGCUGAAGGAGAUGCCAGUGGCUGAAGUGCUGCGGAACAUGGGUAAAAUGACUGCUGACAAGGUCCUGGAACCUGGAAGUUCUGACUUUGCAGCUCUUUGUGAAAGACUCCAGAAUGACUCUGUGCUGAAGAAGGCUAAAAUUCAUCCCUUCCACAUCUUGGUGGCUUCGCAAACCUACAAGAAAGGUCAUGGAAAUAGAGGAAAACUGAAGUGGGAACCAGACGAAAGCAUCAUCCAAGCACUGGACAAAGCCUUUUACAAAUGUUUUCUGAAUGUUGAAGCCACUGGGAAGCGGUUUGUAGUGGGCGUGGAUGUCAGCGCACCAAUGAACACUACAGGGCUGGGGAGUCCCAUCAAUGCAGCCACCAUAGCCGCAGCUAUGAGCAUGGUUGUUGUGCGAACCGAGGUGGAUUCCCAGAUCCUUGUUUUUUCUGAAGGAGCGGUCUCUCCCUGUCCUGUCACUGCUGACAUGUCUCUCAUGGAGGUAACAGAAAAAUUGGUGAAGAUUCCCAGCCUUAGUACAGACUGUGCUCUUCCAGUCCUGUGGGCUACAGAAAAGGGCAAAGUAGCAGAUGUUUUUAUCGUUCUCACCAACAACGACACCUGGUUUGGGAAUGUCCACCCGGUAGAGGCCCUGAAGCUGCACAGACAAAAAAUGGGAGUGUUCUCAAAGUUGAUAGUGUGUGGGCUCACAUCAAACAGCCUUGGAGUUGCAGACCCAGACGACCGAGGCAUGCUGGAGGUGUGUGGUUUUGACUCUGGGGCUCUGGAAGUCCUCAACAACUUUGUGCUGGAUCUCAUUUGAGAGACGACAGGAGGAGGAAAAUAAAAAUUAAACCUCAAAAAAUGGACAAGCACCAAACGGAACUGUAAGGUGAACUGAAUUUUGUCAAGGACUGUACCCAGAAAAGCAAACAAAAAAGAAACACUAAACCCUUGCAAACAAAACAAAGAAAUCGUGAAAUUGUAAAGUGAAUCAUCUGUCAAGCACUUACUUUAUUCAUUGAAGAAGGAAGUUUCGAUUUAAACGGUUUCUUAAGGUCCAGCAGGCUGGACAAAUUUGUGUAUUUAAGUGUAAGACAUUCAUGUAAUGAAAUGUGAUUAGGGGCUGGGUGGGGUCAGCAGCAAAUUACAUCAUAAUGUAAUUUUUCAUGGAGGGUUCCAGAGUAGGUCUGGAUUUUGUUUUAGAAAGUUGAUAUAAUGGCAAAGAAAUGAGAUCUGUAGGUUGUCUAAUAAGCAAAUCUUUCAGCUAAAAUGGUAUGUGUGUGCUGCUAAAGAUUAACACUUUAUCGAUGAAGGUUUGUGUGCCGAAAACAUUUAUUUUGUAAGCUAAUACAAUGCUUCUGUAGUUUUUUUUUAUGUACAGUGCAGUCCAUAAGUAUUUGGACAGUGACACAAUUUUUGUUAUUUUUGCUCUGUAUUCCAGCACAUUGGAUGUGAAAUGAAAUGAUGAAUGUGACAUAAGCGUGCAGACUGUCAGGUUUAAUGUGAGGGUAUUUACAUCCAUAUCGGGUGAUCCGUGUAGGAAUUGCGGCAUGUUUUAUACAUAGUCCCCCCCACUUGGCUGCACUCAAUAACUGGCUGAAAUGUGCAACCUUUUUUAAUUUGCCAGACACUGAGUAAGACACUGAGUAUUUUCCCUACAUUACUAACAAUGUAUCACACAGCUGAUUUUGACAAACCCAGUGUUUUACUGUGUCUCUGCUUGAUUUAUUCUCAUUGUAUGCCUCAUGAUGGCCUGCUUUACUGGCUUUGCCACUUAUUUGGUCCUCAUGAUGUUGAGAGACAACAGCAGCAGACUCCAAAUGAAAAUUCCACACCUAGAAUCAAUUCUAGCUUUCUUGUGCUCAUUAGCUUUCGUUUGCAUGAACUAAUGAUGCAAAGACGCACAUCUAGCCAAGAGACAGCUGAGCAGACAAUUGUCCAAUUACUUUUGUUCCCCUAAAAUGGGAGGACUAUGUAUGAAAAGGGCUGUAGUUCUGACACCAUUCACCCGAUAUGGAUGGAAAUACCCCCAAAUUAAAGCUUGCCCUUUAACCCCUUGCUUACAGUUUCAUUUCAAAUCCAAUAUGGAGUACAGAGCCAAAACUCUAGCACAUUAUGACGUUGUUAUUCUAAUAUAAUAGGAAUUAAGAGAUGACUGUAGACAGCUCUUUUGUGUUACUUUUUAUCAACACUAUUAUUCUACAUUGUCAUACCCUUAGUUCAAACAGAUUGAGGGGGACAAGCUCAUUUUAGGGCUUAGAUGAGGGAGCAGAUUACUCCUGUUAAAUGCUUAAUAGGUCAGGAGAUGUUUUUUUUUUUUUCUCUCUUUUUAAAAAAAAUCCAUUUGAUAAGGAAUCACAGUCAGAAAUCAUUCUAUGCCAAGAACCAUAGCAACUUUGUCUUUGGAAGGGGCAGUGAAUUCCUUUUCUAAUUCUGUCUUUUCAUGUUCUGUUUACAUCCAUCCAUUCAUUCUCAGCAGUGUAAUGUUUGCUAUGCAUUACCAGUUGUGUUUUCCAUCAUUGUACUGUUUUUCUAAUGUUCCAAUCAAGCUCUUUAAUUAUCUGGUCAAAUUAAGGUUGCUGGGAAAGAUGGAACAUACUGUAGUAUAUAUAAGAAAGUAAAAACACUUAGAAGGAAGCGUAAGAAUGUUAGUUAUGCAAAAACUAAUUUAAACUAAUGUACCAGUAGUAUUUCACUACGUUUUAGAUGUAACAGAUACAACUGAAUGUACCUUUAUAAAGUUUCUGUAAGACUUCAGAACUGUAUUUUAAAUUCAAAUGCUUUAUACUUCAAACAUGGCUGAAUAAAGAAGAUGAGUAGUAAUGCUUUACAGUGAGGAGUCAAUUCAGUCAUAGAACAAUAGCUGAAGUUCAUGCAAUGACUUCAGACUAAUAACUCAAGGUAAAAUUACCUCUUUUGUCAAAACCAACCAAACUCUUUGUUAAUGACUCCUGUUUUAUUAAAUCGACCCCUACGUAGACAAUACUAAUUGUCUGACCAUUUAACUGUGAUUUAUGGGUCCUCUUUGAACCUGUUCUCUCAAUUCACCAUCUUUUUUGUAUUAAUUAUUUUGCAGAUAUGAUUAACAUAUCCCUUUUUUUCAUAAGGCUGGUUUCCACACAGUCGGCCUAGUUUGUUGCCGACGAGCAUGCAAUACAUACAGGGUCAAUCUGAGUUUGACCUGCAACUUUCAUUUUACUUCUUCAUAGCAUGUUAGAAAAAAUGCACUGAAUUUGAUGGACAAGUAACUUCAUGAAUCUGAGGCACUGGUGUUUAAAAUCUUAGUUUGCAUAGUGGGUGGUAUGCUGAAGAAUGCAUGUUGUAAACCUGCUCUGAAAAAAGGCUUAAAUCACUUCAGUGAGCAACUCCACACUCCACGCACAGCUUAUGCAUAUCCAAAUUUAAAGGUCCAGCACUUGAUAUUUUAUCUCUAUUGAAUGUCAAAGUGAAAUGACAAAUUUAACCGUCAGUGUAUACACCUAUUUUAGGUGUGAAACCAUUACAAAUUCAAAUCAACUUAUCAGGACUCCUGCACAGUGUGGAUGUACCUUACAAACCAGUUCUGAGAUAUGAAAUUUUCCUAUUCAAUUUGAACCAAUCUGCCUACUGCAAAUAUUGAAAAACUGAAUUGAAAUUCUGUGAAUGAAGGUUUUGCUGAACAUAGUGCCUCUGUUUUUGGAAAGCAGUACUACCUCCUACUGAAUCCUCUUCUUAGCCUUAAGCUCCCUUACUUCUUUGCUCUCAUUCGAUCUUCCUAAUAUAUAUAUAACAAUGUGCCGGCAAGCUUUAUAGCUUUUGCUUGCUAGCCAACUAGUGAACAUUCACAGGGCAGAUUCUUUUUAAUCUUUCUUACCUCCAUAAUGCAACAUUGGUGGUUGUAUUGGGAUUAAUUGUGAAAUAUUUGUCCAACACUAGCAAAAUAGUAACUUUUUUGUGUGUGACAUCGUACUGUAAAGUUGCUAUGUGCAUGUUGUAUUGUAUAGUGGUUACUAAUGUUUCCUGCUCUGUGUAUGCUGUAGGUAUUCAGGGUCCACUUUAGUUUGUUUUUAUUUUGUGCACAUUCAUUCACUCAUUUUACCUCCUGCCACCAUUUGUGGACGUAGCUAAAUGUUAUAUAGGGUUGAUUUUUUCUUUCACCUGAACACAAAUGUUAGAGGGCUGAGUUGUAAUAGGUAGCUAGCUACCGCUUUGAUUGUUCAGUUUAACUUGACUGACAUGUAGCUACCAUUUUUAAAAUAAGUCAUUUGUUUUGGACAAGAGGUUUUUGUGUUCUAAAAUCUGUGUAAGGUGUAGAGAAUUGCAAGCAUUUACUGGCACUACAUUAAAGGUUUUCGUGUGCAAGACAUUGUAAUUCAGAGACCAAGCCAAAAUAUAAGAUGUUGUUUACUGCCUAAAUUGUUAUAUAUUAUCCAUGUAGCUUGCUAAGCUAGCUAGCUAUGUCUUUUUUAAACUAAGUGCUGAAACACUGAAACAGUUAAUUAUGUUGACGCAAAUAAGAAUCCGUUGGAAGAUAUGUGAUGUCCCAAACUGUUAAUAAAUCUGAAAUAGAUUUGUAAAUCAGUGUCUCUGUUUUGCUAACAUUUGCUAAUGUUCUCCCUACAUUUGGUGCCCUAAUUAAAGGAACAGGAGAGAGACUCAUA